AUGGCUGGUCGCGUGGCCCCAGAAACCUUUGGUGCCCGCCACUUUGACAGCCUUGGAACAGAACAUGGCACCGGAGAAGCAGCGUCUCUCCAAAGGAGAGCGAGUCUUGGAAAGUGUCAAAUGUUUGCAUUUCUGUUCGUUCUUUUGGUCGCAUGGACCAUUUUUCGUCUUGCCUGGAAUGUUGGGAAGAUCAUACAUCCCAGUGGAAAUGUGGAGAUGUUUUACGAUGAUCGUUGGCCGCUUGGAUUACGACUGUUUGAUGGGAUCCUUCGGCCUGUGAUUAGUUCUCUGAGUUUGGGUGUGUUUGCCUCCCUUCGUGACGUCGAACACCUGAUGGUGAUCACUUUUCUGGGAUGCUUCAUGGUGGCGAUUAUUUCUGCUGCCGUGGAGUUGAUUAUGGCAACUGACUCGGUGCCAUCGUCCGACAUGGAGAGCUCACUCCAGUUUUAUCGCAUGGCGACCCGCUUAGCUCUGCUGUUAGUCACACUCACACAGCUUUUUGCAUUUGAUCGGUGCAUCCUGGGAAUCUGUGCUGUUAUCUUCUUUGUGCUCGCGCUGCUGGGGAGCCUGCUCUUGGAGAUUCUUUUUUGGAUCGGCUGGGUUCUGUACAUCACCGUGGUAGCGACAACUCUCUUUUAUGAGGCGCAUGUGAAGCAGAAGAUGUUCCAAAAGAAGAAAUCGAAAGACAAAGACUUCAACCGACAUGUGGCCAGAACUUUGCGGCUGCUGCGACUGGGUGGUGUUCUGACCAUAAUCGAUGGCCUUUACGUUCCUUCCCGGGCAGAGACGAUUCUCAGCCCAUCGUUGGGUUUUACACUCGACAACCUCAUUGUUUUCGCUUGCAUGUUCGUGAAAGGUGGUUUUUUUGGUGGAAACGAGAUGGUUGACCAACUUCAGGUCAUUCACGAGCUGGGCUACUUAGCUCGAACAAAUGGCAAGCGCGUUGCAUUUCCGGGCCGAGUGAACCUGGAUUCUCAGGACUGCAUUGUGAGUUUUCCUGGGAAAUAUGCAGAUGAAUGGGACGACGUGGUGCGGAUGUCUCAACAACGUCGCGGUGCCCCCAGCUUGGCGUGUGUGUUUCUGACCGAUGAAGCGUCGGGUUUGGGGAGGCACCAAGAGAACCCGGAGCAGCCGGGCACCUGCUGGUGCAAGGCCAUCUACGGCCGAUUGCCAGCGGCUGCUUACUUGAGCAUCGUGGAAGAUCCUGGCCAAUUGACUGCAGAUGAGCUGAUGUUCAAGGAAGCAGAUGCACGUGCUAUGGGCCAAGUCUUUCUCGAACGCGCGCAACAAUCGGAUGAGCAAUGGAAGAAAGAUAAGGACGAGGCAAAAAUCAAGGCUGAACAGAGGUGCGAGGAGAGCAAUGGCCUCGCUCCGUGGGGUUGUUUUUGGUUCCACCAAUGGUUGCGUGAAGUGGAAGAGGCCAAAAGGCAUUCCCAAAGGUUGCAUGUUUUCUAUUUUGAAGACAAAGUCGGAUGUGGAAAGCUCCCUUGGUGCGAGCUGUCAAAUGAAGCUUCCGUCCGAAGGGCCCGCGAAAACAGCGGCCUGGGCGCAUCACAGACUGCUGAGGUAGCCUACCUUGAGCGUUCGGGUUACCGCUUUGAAGAGCACGAUGUGAAGACAUUUUAUGAAUUCAUAAGGUCGCACAGCAAUGCCGAUGCCUAG